AUGUGUAAACACUUUGCCGAAGCUCCAGGCUCGUCCGUAGACUUCACCAAAGGCCGUGAGGUUCUGCCGAAGAAUGUGAAAGCUGUACACUACGACCUGACUCUUGAGCCCAACUUCGAAACUUUCAAAUAUGGAGGCAAGGUUAUCAUCGAUCUCGAUGUUAUAGACGAUACUACCUCUAUCUCUCUCAAUACCCUGGAGCUUGAUAUCCAUUCCACCAAAGUCUUCUCUGGCUCUACCGAGAUCACUUCCUCCCCAGAGAUACACUAUAAUGAAGAUACACAAACUACCAAAGUGUCCUUCAACGAGGUACUUCCAGCGGGGAGCGAGGCAAGGCUUGAGCAGACGUUCACAGGAACACUGAACGACAACAUGGCGGGUUUCUACCGGUCCUCGUACAAAGGCUCAGAUGGGUCGACCAAAUACCUUGCCACCACACAAAUGGAGCCUACAGAUGCCCGGCGGGCAUUUCCCUGCUUUGACGAACCUGCUCUCAAGUCAGAAUUCACCAUAACUCUAGUUGCGGACAAAGCGUUAACCUGCCUGAGCAACAUGGAUGUUGCAUCCGAGAAAGAGGUAUCUGGUGGGAAGAAGGCAGUGACAUUCAAUAAGACACCUUUGAUGUCUACUUAUCUCCUGGCCUUCAUUGUUGGAGAGCUGAAGGUCAUCGAGACGAAUGCUUUUCGCGUACCUGUUCGAGUCUUCGCGACACCUGACCGAGACAUUGAGCACGGUCGUUUCUCCCUGGAGCUUGCUGCGAAGACUUUGGAAUUUUACGAGAAAAAGUUCAACAGUGAAUUUCCAUUGCCAAAAAUGGAUAUGGUGGCUAUCCCUGAUUUCAGUGCCGGCGCCAUGGAGAACUGGGGACUGAUAACGUACCGUGUAGUCGACUUGCUCCUAGAUGAGAAAGUCAGUGGUGCAUCAACCAAGCAACGAGUGGCAGAGGUGGUCCAACACGAACUUGCCCACCAAUGGUUUGGUAAUCUAGUAACAAUGGACUUUUGGGAUGGUCUUUGGCUGAAUGAAGGUUUCGCAACCUGGAUGUCUUGGUACUCAUGCAACGCCUUCUAUCCGGAAUGGAAGGUAUGGCAAGGGUAUGUAACCGACAACCUGCAAAGCGCUCUGUCAUUGGAUUCGCUACGAAGCAGCCAUCCCAUAGAGGUUCCUGUCAAACGUGCAGAUGAGAUCAACCAGAUUUUCGACGCUAUAUCAUAUUCUAAAGGAUCAUGCGUACUUCGCAUGAUCUCGAAGUACAUCGGAGAAGAGACUUUCAUGGAGGGAGUUCGACGUUACCUCAAGAAACAUGCAUAUGGCAAUACCCAGACUGAAGAUCUCUGGGCGGCCCUGAGCGAUGCCAGUGGAAAAGAUGUUGAGAAAGUCAUGGACAUAUGGACAAAGAACGUCGGGUUCCCCGUUGUUACGGUCACCGAGAACAAGGACUCUAUCCACGUGAAGCAAAAUCGCUUUUUGAGAACGUCUGACGUGAAGCCAGAAGAAGACAAGACCUUGUACCCGGUCCUACUAGCUCUUCGGACCAAAGAUGGGAUUAACGAAGACUUGACACUAACUGAGAGGGAGGCUAAUUUCAAGGUCAAAGAUCUUGACUUCUUCAAGCUCAAUGCGGACCACUCAGGUGUGUACCGGACUUCGUACACACCUGAGCGUCUACAAAAACUUGGGCAGGCCGCCAAGAACGGGCUUUUAUCUGUUGAAGAUAGGGCAGGCAUGAUUGCAGACGCCGGAGCAUUGGCCGCUUCAGGCUAUCAGAAGACCUCCGGAAUUCUCUCACUCCUACAGGGUUUCAAGUCUGAGCCUGAAUUCGUGGUAUGGGACGAAAUUAUCAGUCGUAUUGGCUCAGUUAGAGGCGCUUGGGUGUUCGAAGACGAAACUACUAAAGACGCACUAAAGUCCUUUCAACUUGAUCUAAUCAAAGACAAGGCUCAUGAACUUGGAUGGUCCUUUAAAGAUACAGAUGGCCACCUUGAACAACAGUUCAAAUCGAUGUUAUUUGGAAGUGCGGGCUUGGCUGGAGACGAGAAGAUCAAAGCUGCAGCAUUUGAUAUGCUCGAAAAAUUCAAGGCCGGCGAUCGGACAGCUAUCCAUCCAAACAUUCGAAGCAGUGUCUAUGCCAUCGGCCUGAGCUUCGCGGAUCAAAAAUAUUAUGAUCUCAUUUUGAACGAGUACCGCACAGCAGGAACAUCUGAUGAGCGUAACACUGCGAUGCGUGUCCUGGGCCGCGCAAAAUCUCCCGAACUGAUCAAGCGAACUCUUACCUUUCCACUCAGCGAUGAGGUCAAGUCGCAAGAUAUAUACCUACCAUUGGGGGGCUUACGCACUCACAAGGAAGGUAUCGUUGCGCUGUGGUCUUGGGUAAAGGAGAAUUGGGACGAGCUUGAGAAGAAACUGCCACCAGGCCUGACAAUGCUAGGAUCCGUUGUCUCGAUAUGUACCUCCAGCUUCACAAGCAAGGAACAAAUGCAAGACAUCGAGGGCUUCUUCGCUAAGAAGAGCACCAAGGGCUUCGACCAGUCGCUUGCCCAAAGUCUUGAUGCCGUGAAGGCUAAAGCACAAUGGGUCGAACGCGAUGGCAAAGAUGUCAAAACGUGGUUGGCAGAAAACAAGUACCUAUAG